CCUGGCCACUGAGGUCAUCUCAACCCUCAGCCUUGCUCAGGAAUUGGGGUCUCUGAGUCAUUAAUUAGCAGGAGUGCCCACUUUCAGUUAAACAGCCUUUCUUAUACGGAUGGCUGUAACGUGUGACUCCUUUCUGCCUGGCCCUAGUCCGGCAGGGUGGCAAGGGGCAGCUUCUAAUAGAAGGUGGGCAGUCUUACCUCUCGUCAAAGAUCUCAGUGUAGGCCAGGAGGGACAGCAGCUCCUGAGGUUAACAGGUCCCAUAAGCCAACCGCUGUGGCUUGGAUGUUAAGGGCGGAACACUGCUCUGCUUGGCCCCGAGUUUCCCACUCCAGCUGCUCAGCCUUUGGUGUCACCUGCCCUUAUUUUCUACACUGUGCCACGGUGUCUUUUAGUUUCUGGAAAUGGAAGGCUGCCUCUCCGAGGCUUGCUGCUUGUCCUGGCCCAUGGAGAGUUCGUAUUUCACCUGGGACUUGUAAACACACGGGCAGUGUCUUACUUACCCAGUUGUGAGAAGGGCUGGCAGAGACUAGUCCUCUCUUUUCUAAAGCCAUCUUUAGCUUCCGGGCAGUCCCAAGGAAGCCCGAGAUGACUUGUGUCCAUGUUAGUGUUUCUGAGGUUCUGAUUUUACGAUGCUAUGGACACGUUGUGCUUCUGGGCUUGGGUGCCGGAAACAUGUAAUUCAGCCAAGCUUGAAAGGGCUGUCUGCAGUGUUUCUAAUUACUGUUUGUUUGCUUCACCGGUGCCUAAUAAGUGGAUUUAAGUAACCUCAGGAGUGAGGACUGCACUGCUCACGUUACAGGCAAUCAUGCAAAUCAAACUCUAACCGGGAAUUGCAGAGAACACACUGUGGGGUCAUUGUUAGAGAAGUAUGCCAUUGGAUUUUAAAUUCAGAGCAAGAGCAGUUUGGAACUUUCCCACCUGCCGUGCACUGAGGUGAAGGACGUACUCACCUGAAAUCAACUACUCCAUGCAGACCCUUUAUUUAUAAGUCACCAGCGGCCUCUGGCAUUCGGCUGUCUUUUUAAUUUAACAUGGGAACGAGGGAGGGGGAGACUUACCGGCUUCUCUUCCCUCAUUUCUCCCAUCCACCAUUGCCUGUAGAGGAAGCGGAAAGGCAGGUCCGGAACAGUGGGCGUCAACCUUGGGUACAGCUUGGCACCAGCUUGGGAAUUUUCAGACGUCUGAGAACCGAUCCCCACCCCGAGGUGCUGCUUUAAUUGUCUGGGAUAUACUUUAUACUGGACUUUUAAGAAAGUCUCAGGGAAAUUAUUAUAUACCAAGGUUAAGACGUCAGGGAUUUGAGAGGUUGCUUCACGAGAGAAAUCUCAGCCUUGGCUACACAUUGGCAGCACCUGGAAAUUUUGGAGAACCAAGGAUGCCCAUCCAUUAAAACCACGUUUCUGGAGGAGGGAAAUAGGAUUUCUGAAAAGCUCCAGAUGUGCGUUCUGAUGUGCAGCAAGAGUUUGGCCAGCUGACUGACUGACUGACCUAACCAUGUUCUACCCUAAAGAAAGCCGAGACCCAGGAAGGUUAAAAUGACUUGGUCAAGGUCAGACGCUUGUUGCCGUCAGGCCUGGGACUCAGGUGAUGUUCCUGACUCCAGGAGACCUUUUCUAGCUCCUCAUACUCCUCUACCAUCCGGUCUGGUGCUGGAAAACUUCGACCAGACCAUAGUCUGCUCCACCUUUGGGUCACUGGAGAGCCAGGAGGACUUCCGCACUCCAGAGUUUGAAGAGUUUAACGGAAAGCCUGACUCGCUCUUUUUCACCGAUGGCCAGAGACGGAUCGACUUCGUCCUCGUGUACGAAGACGAGAGCAAGAAGGAGAACAAUAAGAAAGGGACAAAUGAGAAACAGAAGAGGAAAAGGCAAGCAUACGAAUCUAACCUCAUCAGCCACGGCCUGCAGCUGGAAGCCACAAGAUCUGUUUCUGAUGACAAGCUUGUGUUCGUCAAAGUGCAUGCGCCCUGGGAAGUGCUGUGCACCUAUGCUGAGAUCAUGCACAUCAAGCUCCCACUAAAGCCCAAUGACCUGAAGACCCGUUCCACCUUUGACACCUUCAACUGGUUCACCAAGGUCCUCCGUGUGAACGAGAGUGUCAUCAAGCCGGAGCAGGAGUUCUUCACUGCCCCCUUUGAGAAGAGCCGGAUGAAUGACUUCUACAUCCUUGAUAGAGACUCCUUCUUCAAUCCCGCCACCAGAAGUCGCAUUGUUUAUUUCAUCCUCUCUCGGGUCAAAUACCAAGUGAUGAACAACGUUAACAAAUUUGGGAUUAAUAGACUGGUCAGUUCCGGCAUCUACAAAGCGGCGUUCCCUCUGCACGACUGCAAAUUCAACUAUAAGUCGGAAGACUCCAACUGUCCUAGCGAGCGUUACCUCCUGUACAGGGAAUGGGCUCACCCUCGGAGUAUAUACAAGAAACAGCCCUUGGAUCUUAUCAGGAAGUAUUACGGAGAGAAGAUUGGAAUCUACUUCGCAUGGCUGGGCUAUUACACGCAGAUGCUCCUUCUAGCAGCUGUGGUGGGUGUGGCCUGCUUCCUCUAUGGAUAUCUUGAUCAGGAUAACUGCACUUGGAGCAAAGAGGUCUGUGAUCCUGACAUCGGUGGCCAGAUCCUGAUGUGUCCCCAGUGUGACAGGUUGUGUCCCUUCUGGAGGCUGAAUAUCACCUGUGAAUCCUCUAAGAAAUUGUGCAUCUUUGACAGUUUUGGAACCCUGAUCUUCGCUGUAUUUAUGGGAGUGUGGGUUACAUUGUUUUUGGAGUUCUGGAAGCGGCGCCAAGCAGAGCUUGAGUAUGAAUGGGACACGGUUGAGCUACAGCAAGAGGAACAGCCCCGGCCGGAGUAUGAGGCCCAGUGCAAUCACGUGGUAAUAAACGAGAUCACUCAGGAGGAGGAGCGGAUCCCAUUUACCACCUGUGGGAAGUGUAUCCGGAUCACCCUGUGUGCGAGCGCUGUCUUCUUCUGGAUCCUGCUCAUCAUCGCCUCUGUGAUCGGGAUCAUUGUCUACAGGCUGUCCGUGUUCAUCGUGUUCUCCACGACGCUCCCCAAGAACCCCAAUGGGACAGACCCAAUCCAGAAGUACCUGACCCCACAGAUGGCCACGUCCAUCACGGCUUCCAUUAUUAGCUUCAUCAUCAUCAUGAUCCUCAACACGAUCUACGAGAAGGUGGCCAUCAUGAUCACCAACUUCGAACUCCCAAGGACCCAGACUGAUUAUGAGAACAGCCUGACCAUGAAGAUGUUCUUGUUCCAGUUUGUCAACUACUACUCCUCCUGCUUCUACAUCGCAUUCUUCAAGGGCAAAUUUGUCGGCUAUCCGGGGGACCCGGUGUACUGGCUGGGCAAAUACAGAAACGAAGAGUGUGACCCGGGGGGCUGCCUCCUUGAACUGACUACACAGCUGACGAUCAUCAUGGGGGGAAAGGCGAUCUGGAACAACAUACAAGAAGUUCUGCUCCCGUGGGUUAUGAAUCUAAUUGGACGAUAUAAAAGAGUCUCCGGAUCAGAAAAGAUAACCCCACGAUGGGAACAGGAUUACCAUCUGCAGCCCAUGGGCAGGCUGGGAUUGUUCUAUGAGUACCUUGAGAUGAUUAUUCAGUUUGGGUUCGUCACCUUAUUUGUGGCCUCUUUCCCACUGGCUCCCCUGCUGGCCCUGGUGAACAAUAUACUGGAGAUAAGAGUGGACGCGUGGAAGCUCACAACACAGUUUCGACGCAUGGUGCCAGAGAAGGCCCAGGAUAUCGGCGCGUGGCAGCCCAUCAUGCAAGGAAUAGCCAUCCUGGCCGUGGUGACCAACGCCAUGAUCAUUGCCUUCACCUCAGACAUGAUCCCCCGCCUGGUGUACUAUUGGUCCUUCUCCAUCCCUCCCUAUGGGGACCACACUUACUACACCAUGGACGGCUACAUCAACAACACUCUCUCGGUCUUCAACAUCACCGACUUCAAAAAUACAGACAAAGAAAACCCGUACAUUGGGCUUGGCAACUACACCCUGUGCAGGUACCGUGACUUCCGAAACCCACCCGGGCACCCACAAGAGUAUAAACACAAUAUCUACUAUUGGCACGUGAUUGCCGCCAAGCUGGCUUUUAUCAUUGUCAUGGAGCACGUCAUCUACUCUGUGAAGUUCUUCAUUUCGUACGCAAUUCCGGAUGUGUCGAAGAUCACGAAAAGCAAGAUCAAGAGGGAGAAAUACCUCACACAGAAGCUGCUUCAUGAGAGUCACCUCAAAGACCUGACCAAAAACAUGGGGCUCAUCGCCGAAAGGAUGGGAGGAAUGGCUGACAACAGCGUGAGGCCGAAACUCGAAUGAGAGAGCGCUUUAUGGUCCUGAGAAGCACUUUAAAAGUAAUUAGCUGUCAGGCUUGUUGUGAAUCACUAGAGAGGACGGUGUUCCAUUUCCUAGGCAAACGGGGUCCUCGCCAUACCCAUUUCCGCCCUAUAUGGUUGUUUUCCAGUUUCAGCUAGCAACGCGGGAACUGGAGAAGGGAAAAACUUUGAUCAGGAAGGGCAUAAAACCGCCUACCUGGAGGACCUGACUCUGUCCCCUCCUUUGAUAAAAUUGGUAACAGAGAAAGCCUCCAGGUGGGCCCAAGUCCUCUGAGGGGAGGGGAGGAGGCUUUGCCUUCCUGACCUCAGGUGCAGUUCCUUUUCUGUUCUUAAUUUUGCCAAAUCUAUCCCAGACCUAUUUCGUCCGGAUGGCACUACCACCAAAGACCAGGCAGACCUCAGCCUUAAUCGCAUUUGUGUUAUCAACAACAGCCAGAUCAGGAUUGAGUUUGGAUGCUGUUGGGAGGUGCCAGGUAGACUCCAGAGUUCACAGUACUUCCGCGUCUCACUGUACCCCAGGGAAGGAGACUCCACUGCCUAUGGAACCGCUUCUGUAUCUCCUUAGCCUGCAUCUCCACCUCCAAGAAAAGCUCGUCUUCGACUGGCAUGAAGAUGGAGGGCAUUGAAUGAAGCCUGUCCCCGUUACCCCGCGGGGACAUCUGCUUUCUAGCAGUACUCCCAGCAUGCUCUGGGCCUGACCAAUGAUGACUGGCUUUCAGAUCUUAAGGGAGUAAGAGGAGAAGGUAGUAAACUCUUACUGAUCUGAACGGUUAAUUUACCUCUUCUUGAUAUGUAAGUUUUCUUGGUAAGAUGAUAAUCAAAUGAUCAUGACUGUACCGUCCUCAACAGAAUGGGCUGGGAAGCCCAUCAACUUCAUGCAGAAGGCAGGCACUACCAAUCACCAAGCGCCUUCUGCCCGUCUCGCUGAGAAGGCUGGUGGCCUCACGACGCUGGGCAUAGUCAGAGCAGCAGCCAGUAACCCAAUCACUAGCCAUGUCCUGUGAUCCUUCUGCGGCCCCGCGUCACUCACAGGGACUCCCACUGCCUUCUCUGCUUGCCGCCGUGACCAGCUUCCUUGUGGGCUCCGUCCCUUUCCUAGGCCUGCUAACUCAUUGUAAUCACAACUGUGCCAGAGACAAGUCUACCCCAGGAUUCGAUUUGAGCCCCAAGCCUCCUCUCAGGCCACCAGGGAGGUUCUGGGAAGGCCGGUUUAUCUGCUGGUGGCUCGCUGCUAAGCCUCCGCUUCCUGGUGCCCUCCCUCCCUGUUGCUUGACUGAAGUUUCUCCGCAGCCUAUACAUGCCCGGCCUUUCCUCCAGUACCUCUGAUACCUCGCACCCUGGACUGAUAACAGAGGUCAGGGCGGGGAAGUGAAGAAGGAGGCCCUGCCUCCACCAUUUUGGGAUUGGGCCUCUGCUGACUGGCGUGGUGGGAAAUGGCUUGGGUGACCAGGAGCCGAGCCAAGGAAAGCGAAUGGUUUGAGAGGCGGCCGUCUCAACACUGAGCUGAAGCAGCUCUAAUUCCUGGUUUUAAAUGCCCACCGGGAAUGGCUUACUAGAGAAUCAACGUGAUUAAUCAAAACAGUGUUCUGAGUUCAGCGGAAACAUUUCCCCUCCCCUCUUGUCCUGGGAGUCCAGGACCUGCCAUACGGUGUCUAACCACAGUUAAGCUAAGAUAGAAAUGACUGCCUUCCCCCGCCCUCAAGGAAGGUUCUCACUCCACAGCUAAAACCAGGUGCCACUCCCUGCCCUUCCUCCCCCCACCCCCGGCCCCGUCCCAACUGCCCUGGAGUUCCUACUCCCUCCGUUACCUCUUCUCCAGAGCCUGUGCUCACCUUCAGUCACACCUCACACCAUAGGAAAGGAGAUCUUUCCUCUCAUAACUCUCCCCUUCCUUUCUUUGUACAUACAAAGAAAACAUCGAAUUUAAAAAGUGCAUUUAUCCACGUGUACCCCCAGCCAAGAACUCCCUUCACGGUGCAGAAAGUACCACUGUGCACAGAAGAAACCAAACAAACCCUGCGUCUCUGAAGGGAACGUUCAUGGCGUCUGAUGCUACCAGAAUGCUGACCGGCAAAGUUGCCGUGGGCUAUAGGGUCCCACGGCAUCAGUAUCAUUCCUGUGAGACCUGUGCCAAGUUGGCGACGGAGAGGACAUCUUCGGUGGCAGUGAGAUAACCCCCCAGCCCCAGGAAAGCCAAGGGCAUGACUGUGAGGGAAGAUCUGGCCACCCACCUGUCGAGCAUGAACCACUAGAGAAAGUCUGUCCUUUCGUAAUGCCUUUGCGCUUUAAUGGAUGAGAUCAGUAGACCCAGUACUCAGGGGAUUUUUCUUUAAAUGUUCCUCGGAUGUUUUAGGUGUCCCAUUAGAAGUAGAAGGCCACAGUUUGUCUUGAAAUUAAAUGAGGCCACCUGGUAAUGAGUCUGUCAAGGUUUCCCCUUUGCGGGGCACAUGGGUCUUGAGUUUCAUGGGGCACUCAUUUGUGAUGGGGGCAGAGUGGGGUGUGUUGGUCCCAUACUUGUCUGCUCCUUGUGUCCGCUCCAAUUACGUCUGAGAAGUGGAGACAGUGCUCACAGCUAAGCUAAGACGGAACUGAGGUUCAUGAUGCUUCCUGUAUACUGUGUAAUGUUUGUAACUGAUGUUCGUUCAUUUCUAUGCGUUUUAAUAUUUUUAAUGAGCAUUUUAAUAAAUUCUGUUUUACAAACAA